UUAAAAUUUUGACCUCACCUUCUAACCUGAGCUUCCUGUGUUGCGCUAAUUGCUCCACAACAUCAUCAUCAGUCUAAUGCUCUAGAAGUUGCAAAAUCGCCUGCAGGGCAUUUAAAAUGUCCGUCCUUUUAGGUCCUUAUUUCCUUCCCUUUUGCAUAUAAAUCCAUGCAGGACAAGAGUGGCUUUGCAUGUAACUUCAGCUGAAUGAAAGCAGCGAGCAGACAAACCAGACAAACCCCGAGAAGAGGUGGAGCUAUCACGAGGCUCAUAAAACCCAAAGCUUAUUCCUCGACUCACUGCCAAGGUGACGCGCUGCGUAGCUGACAAAUAGCCCCAAGCUCCGCGCCUUUCACACAGGGAGUGGGCAUGAACACAGUCGGGUUCGGGAGUUUUUGGUCAAACGUUUGCUCUCAGUUCCAGAUUUCUUCUCCAAGAAGAGCCAAAAUUGAUCUGAACGCGUAAGGACACGCAGAGUCUCUGAGAACUAUACCUGUACUUGAUAUUUUGCUUGCUCCAUAACCUGAGGAUAACUUUGAUCCAUAGUAUUCCACUCAGUAUCUCCGGACUAUAAAACCACCACAGAGGGAAUAUGACAGCUAGCCUGGGCCACUAAAAGAGUAAUAAUCGGUGUGAGCGCUUGGUGUCUGUUGAAGUGACCGCACAGCCAGAUUAUGCAGCAUCCUUUGGACAUGGGGGCGCAUUACUAUCCGCCGGAAGUUCAUCCCGACCACAGAACUCAUCGUUACCGGAGUUUCAUGAUCGAGGAAAUCCUGACCGAUCACUCGGAGCACAAAGCGUCGGCUCCAGCUGGGGAGCUCCUCAAAUUCGGGGUACAAGCUUUGCUGUCCGCCCGGCCGUUCCAUAACCAACUGGUGCUAAAAGCCGACCAGACGAGCCUCCUUAAGUUUCCCAUGUCCCCGCUGUCCUGCUCUCUGGGCUCUCCGCUCGGUCCCCCGCUACUGUCCGCGGCUCCGGGCCUGCAGGUCGGCGCGGCAUCCCACCACCUGCCGCUGGACCUGCACCUCCGCGGGAAGCUGGAGCACGGAGCCGACGGAGCCUGCAGCAAAACAAAGAAGGGCCGCCGGAGCCGCACCGUGUUCACUGAGCUGCAGCUCAUGGGCCUGGAGAAGCGCUUCGAAAAGCAGAAGUAUCUCUCUACGCCUGACAGAAUAGACCUGGCGGAGUCUUUGGGUCUCAGUCAAUUGCAAGUGAAAACAUGGUACCAGAACAGAAGGAUGAAGUGGAAGAAAAUUGUGUUACAGGGAGGAGGCCUGGAGUCACCAACUAAACCAAAAGGCCGUCCAAAGAAGAACUCCAUCCCCAGCAGUGAGCAGCUCUCUGAACAAGAAAGAUCUGUGGCUGAUGCUGACCGUCACUCUGAAGGCUCAAGCUCUCACUUAGAAAACACUCAGGAGGAAUGACCUAGCCGAAGCCUGCAGAUACUCUGACUAUAAAUGCAGGUCCUCUUCGACACUUAGAGUGCAUCUUUUGGAUGGGACCAGACUCCAUGAUGGAGAUGUUUGCUAAUGCUCCUCAUGCAAACCAAAGACUUGCAGGCCCUGCCGAAACUGUACAAGGCAACAUCUUCUAACAGCCAUAUUUUUGUCAUAGCCCUACCAUACUUCUCCUCAUGGUGAACUUGCUGCUGUUGAAGAUGGAACUCAAACCUUUGCAGUAGGUCUACCCUUUAUAUUCUAAGGAUCCGCUCUCACUCAUCUGUUUUGCAUUCCUGUGUAACUUUGCUAUGUUUAAUUAUUAAAUAUAUUUUCACUAA